AUGGCAAUCGUCGAACAAGAAGCACCCUCGAGCUUGCAUACCAAAUCCGACAGUAAUUAUGUCGAGGAGAAGGAUGCCGGCAUCAACCCAGUCGACCCAGAGAGGUCUUUGUCAGAGCCACACAGGAUUUACCUGCUUCAACGACAUGGAACGUUGGAUCUCGACCCUGUUCCUAGCGUGGACCCUGCAGACCCAUACAAUUGGCCGCGAUGGAAGAAAACAGCCAACUUGAGCCUGGUUGCAUUCCAUGCAUGUAUGGGCACAUUUACCGCUGCAGCUAUCAUUUGCGCCUACGAGGACAUCUCUCUUGAUAUCGGGGUGUCCCUGCAGCGGGUCAGCUACUUGACAUCUCUGCAGAUUGCGAUUCUAGGUGGCGCGCCACUGUUCUGGAAGCCGCUCUCACAUCGAUUCGGUCGCCGUCCGAUCUUCCUCCUGUCGCUCAUUUUUAGUUGUAUUUGUAACAUUGGCUGCGCAAAGAGCCCGGACUACGCUUCUAUGGCGGCUUGUCGAGCCCUGGUGGCAUUUUUCAUUUCGCCUGCCAUGGCUAUCGGCAGCGGGGUGGUCACCGAGACGUUUUUCAGACAUGAGCGGGCCCGGUAUAUGGGGAUUUGGACUGUGAUGGUGACGCUGGGUGUUCCAGUUGGUCCUUUCAUCUUCGGGUUUGUUGCCCAGCGCGUUGGCUACCGCUGGAUUUACUGGAUCCUGGCUAUAACCAACGCCGUGGAAUUCAUUCUCUAUACCUUCUUCGGCCCGGAAACGCGAUAUGUUGGUGCCGACAUUGAGGCUCGAUCCUCCGCCCUGAAGCACGAGUACAUGUCCUUCCGAAGAAUCGACCCAACCCCAUUCCGAGUAUCUGAGUUCAUUCACCCGCUUACACUGUUCAUGAAUGUACCCGUUCUUUUCGCCGCAGCCGCCUACUCGAUGGUGUUUCUCUUUGCGUCUGUCAUGAAUUCUGUGGAGGUCCCGCAGCUACUACAACAGAAAUUUGAACUUAACGCCCAGCAGCUCGGUCUCCAAUUCCUUGGCUUGAUUAUUGGAUCAUUGCUAGGCGAGCAGCUCGGCGGAUUCAUGUCCGAUCUGUGGAUGAAUACCCGCGCGCGUCGCAUUGGCCACAAGCCGGCGCCGGAGUUUCGACUAUGGCUCAGCUACAUUGGCUUUCUCUUGAGUAUUGCUGGCAUGAUUGUAUUUUUGGUGUGCACGGAACAAGCCUCUGUCGGUAAAUGGACCGUCACACCGGUGGUGGGCACUGGUAUCGCUGCAUUUGGGAACCAGGUCGUGACGACUGUGUUGACCACCUACGCUGUGGAUACCUACCCCCAAGAUGCCGGCAGCGUGGGUGUGUUUAUCAACUUCGUGCGCUCGACGUGGGGGUUUAUCGGGCCCUUUUGGUUCCCUGCCAUGUUUGAGAGUGUGGGUAUUGCCGCCAGUUCUGGCGUUAUCACUGCAUUGAUUAUGGGUGUGAGCUUUAUCCCGACUGUGAUAUUGCAUUGGCAGGGGCGAAGGUGGUAUGCCGGUGAUGGGAAGAUAUGA